UGGCGGGCUCGCGUGCGGAUUAGGUGGAGCAGUCGACGAAGCAGUUGACGGCGCAGGUAAAGCAGCAAGCGGACUAGUUGAUUACCUUGUCGACCCAGUUGGAGACAAGCCUCGUCCCGGCGACGACCGCUACUACGAGGAACAACCAGGUCCAAAUCUUCUUGAGGGCCUCCCUGCCGGCUUUGAUGCUGAUAAGCUUUGGGAGAGCAUUAAUGGUGCUGAUGGUGCUGCUGGUGCCGGUGCUACUGGUGGUGAUGGUGGUGCUGCUGCUGGUGGUGGUGGUGCUGCUGCUGAUGGUUCCUAGAGUGGUGGCCCUUGGGCGUCGCAGAGACUUGAUAGACGAAACAUUCCCCAACGACCCUGCUGAAGUCCGUACUGAAGAACUUUCCCCCCGUCAAUCCUACUGGCAAUCUCACUGGUGGCAGGGGUUUUCUCGGUCUUCGUCGUCACGACAGUGAUCUUCAUAUGGUCCAGGGCUUUGUAGGUGGUCGUAGGGCUCGUUACGAGCACUCCGACGAUCACGAUGGGCACAAUGGAAAGCGUGAUGGCUAGGACGAGGACAAAAGGCAAGGGCAAGGGCAAGGGCAAGGGCUUUACCACAUAAACAUGAGGUUACCCAACACUCAUCCUUGGAGGCCAUUGGUAAAUAGCAACAAAGGAGUAUGUUACUUUGUCGCGGUGUCCUUGUUCCUGCGAUUGAAGCUAGCGAUGAUCCUGUAUAUACGAAUGUUUUCGAAUUAUACUGUUUAUUCACCUGCCUUGGAUAUUUUUCGCCUGUCACAACCUAUAGGAGUAGUAGUAGUAGUAGUAGUAGUAGUCCAGCUUCGAAUGGUUAGACACGGAAUAACUCCCUCCCAAUAGCAUCAUCUGCA